UCAACGCCCGUCCUCGAUUCCUCAUACAUACUAAACGCGUCCGGCCACCCUUCUUGGUUAUUCACGAUGCUGGUGCUCUUCGAGACCGCAAUGGGCUACUGCCUCUUCAAAAUGUCCAAAUCUGCGUCACCCGAUGACCAGAACAUCUGGAAAGAGUUCGAGACGCCCGAAAAGGCCAACAAACUGCUCAAACUCAAGGCCAUUCACCGAUUCACGACAACAGCAACCGCAGUAGAAGACAUGACGGCUCUGCAAGACGGAAAAGUCGGACCCGGACUGAAAAAGUUCUUGAGCGACGAGGUGGCGGGGAAAGGCAAGGGCAAGGAGUCGUUGCUAGUUGCUGAGACGCAUUUGGCGACCGCUAUAAAAGACCUACUGAGCAUAAAAACCACCGCCGGUGCGUCAAAUAUGGAUCUGUAUCGUGGCAUUCGAGGACAGCUCGCGUCGUUGUUGGACGGACUGGACCCGAAGGAUCUGUCGACUAUGAGUCUUGGUCUCAGUCACUCGCUUUCUCGUUUUAAAAUAAAAUUCUCGCCUGAUAAGGUGGACACCAUGAUUGUGCAAGCCAUUGCCCUUCUCGAUGAUCUCGACAAGGAAAUCAACAUAUAUGCUAUGCGUGUCAAGGAAUGGUAUGGAUGGCAUUUCCCGGAACUCGCUAAAAUCAUCGUCGACAACAUUGCCUAUGCAAAAGUGAUCAAGCACAUGGGCUUCCGUACUAAUGCAUCAUCAACAUCUUUCGCCACAAUACUACCCGAAGACCUCGAACAAGCCGUCAAAGCCGCCGCCGAAAUCUCAAUGGGAACCGAAAUAUCCGACUCUGACAUUGCCCACAUCCACUCCCUCUGUGACCAAGUUAUCUCCAUCUCCGCCUAUCGAACUCAGCUCUCAGAGUAUCUCCGGAACCGCAUGAAUGCCAUCGCGCCCAACCUUACCGUCCUUGUCGGUGAGCUCGUCGGGGCCCGACUCAUCUCCCACGCCGGAAGUCUCAUGAGUCUCGCCAAGCACCCAGCGAGCAAAAUGGCGCGUAUGGUCGCCACUAAAGCCGCACUGUCAAUACGCCUGGAUGCUCUAGCGGAUUCUGAUGGAAAAUCAGAGCCUGACGCGCCGUCAAUAGGACUUGCGCAUCGGGCCAAGCUCGAAUCGCGGUUACGUGCGAUGGAGUAUGAAGAUGGAGCUACUGGUGUGCGGCGGUUUGCUGGGAAUGGGAAGCAGCAGCAGCAGCAGCGCUUUGAUAUGUCGGGGCAGACGAAGACGUACAACACCAAGGCGGAUGAUGUGGAUUUCGUGUCGACACAGCGGGAGGAUCCGAUAGAGAUUGCUGUCAAGGCUGUUUCGGAUGUGAAAGAGGACAAAAAGAAAGCAAAGGAGGAGAGACGGGCGAAGCGGAAGGCAGAGAAGGAAAAGGGCAAGGAUGCUGAUGGAGAUGUGACAAUGAACGGUGACGAGGAAGAAGAGAAGAAGGACAAGAAGAGGAAACGAAGGGAAAGUGAGAUUGUUAACGGGCAUGAGGAAAAGGAGGAGACUGAAGAGGAAAGAAAAGCACGGAAAAAGGCACGCAAGGCGGAAAAGGCAGCGGCGAAAGAGACAAAUGGCGAUUCGUCACCGAAGAAAAAGAAAAAGAAAUCGGAUUAGGCCUUUUUGUCUUCGUGUUGCGUAUCUACUGAGAUGUAUAUAUUUAAUUUUUAUUGCCAAGCCAAGGAAGACCGGCCCGGACCAGC